AUGUCGACCACCGUUGGCGCCUUCAUCGCCGGCGGCAUCGCGGCUUGCGGCGCCGUUACCGCGACACAUCCUUUUGAAACCGUCAAAAUCCGGUUUCCUUCUCUCAGAAUGCAGUUGCAAGGCGAGCUUCAGAAUAAGGGCCACCAGCCUCACCACUACAGAGGACCGAUCCACGGCGUGAGCGUCAUUGUGCGCAACGAGGGAGUUCGCAAUAUCUACCGCGGUAUCGGUGCCGCCUAUAUUUACCAGAUUCUCCUUAACGGCUGUCGUUUGGGCUUCUAUGACCCCAUGCGCAAUGCGCUUGCGAAGUUCUUUUUCAAGGACGGGAACGCCCAAAACCUGGGCAUUAACAUGUUCUGCGGUGCGGCUUCAGGAGUUAUCGGCGCCGCGGCUGGCAGCCCAUUCUUCCUCGUGAAGACACGCCUUCAAAGCUUCUCGACAUUUCGGCCGGUCGGUACUCAGCACCAUUACACAGGCGCAUGGCAUGGUUUUAAGUCUAUCUAUGGGGCUGAAGGCAUUGGUGGUCUCUACCGUGGUGUACAAGCUGCUAUGAUCCGAACUGCCUUCGGUAGCUCAGUCCAACUUCCCACAUACUUCUUCGCGAAGCGUCGUCUAGUUCGCCAUCUCGGUAUGGAGGAGGGCCCCGGUCUGCAUCUGGCUUCCAGCGCUAUAAGUGGGUUUGUCGUCUGUUGUGUGAUGCAUCCUCCUGAUACGGUCAUGUCCCGUAUGUACAACCAAAACGGUAACCUCUACACCAGUGCUGCCGACUGUCUCGCAAAAACCAUUCGUUCCGAGGGUAUUUUAGCUUUAUAUAAGGGAUUUUUCCCCCAUCUCGCCCGAAUCCUACCGCACACCAUCCUUACUCUCAGCUUAGCCGAGCAGACUAACAAGCUCGUGCGUAAGAUCGAAGGUCGUAUCCUCCCUGGCAGACUGGACAUGGCAACUUGA